AUAUUUUGUUUUAAAUGGGGUUUUCAAAGUUUUCGAUUUUUUUGCGGCGGCAUUAAUUUUGACCAGCGCUGAUCUCUGGAAAAAUAACAAAAAUAAUUUAAUUUUUUCUUUUUGAAAAAAUGUCGCAACAAAUAUUUAAAACAAUUGCCGGUGUUAUAAAACAACAAAGAAGGCAAAUUUUACUAUGCACUAAUAAUCAUGUACAAUGUUUAACAAAAUUGCAACACUCGAAUGCCAGUCAACAUGAUGCAAAUACCCAGCCUUUAACCGAUUUACAAACAUCGAAAAUUGAUAAUGAAACACAGCGGGAAGUGCAACAUCAUGGUAAUUAUGCCAAUGAUUGGUGGAAUCUUAAUGGAGCAAUGAAGGCACUACAUUCUUUAAAUGCCAUAAGAGUACCUUUCAUACGUGAUGGUCUAGUAGCUCGUGGUAAUAUCUCCCCCGACUUGGUAAACACUUGCCAAGUGUUAAAGGAUCAGCAAAUUUUAGAAGUUGGCUGUGGCGGAGGAAUUUUAACCGAACAAUUAGCUCGUUUAGGCGCUCAAAUGACCGGCAUAGAUUUGAGUGAUGAGUUAAUAUGUGUAGCACGCGAACAUCUAUCUCAUGUUGCCGAUCCAAAAUUAUGUGAUCAUAUUCAGUAUAAAAUAGAACCUUUAGAAAUUCAUGUUAAAGAUAAAAUGAAUUAUUAUGAUGCAGUUGUUGUAUCAGAGGUCUUGGAACAUGUUGAAGAUAAAGUUGCUUUGCUGACAUCAUGUGUUCAGUGUUUAAAGCCUAGUGGUUCUUUAUUUAUUACUACUCUUAAUAAAACCAUACCCAUGUGGUUGGGUGGUGUUCUAUUGGGUGAAUAUAUUUUAAGAAUAGCUCCCAUUGGUACACAUCAUUGGGAUAAAAUGAUUAGUCCUUUAGAUGUACAAAGGAUUUUGGAUACAAUGGGAUGUCAUACAGUCAUUGUCAAUGGCAGCACUUAUGAGUUUUGGAGUAAUACAUGGCGCUGGAUCAAUUCAACGGAUAUGUUUUAUGCUUUGCAGGCAGUGAAAACAGAAAUAUAAUUAAAUCCUACCCAAAUUUUGUUUGUAUUUAAAAACUUGUUGAUUAUGUUUAUUGCAUACAUAUGUUAUAUUUAUUAUAUUUUCUAUAAAAUAAAAAAAAUACAAAUAUUUCAAAAUUCUA